AUGUCUACAACGACCGGAGCAUUUAUUGCGGGCGGCAUAGCAGCGUGCGGCGCAGUAACCGUUACACACAGUUUCGAGACAGUGAAGAUUCGACUACAAUUGCAAGGAGAGCUGCAGGCCAAGUCGGAAGCCGUCAAGAAAUACAAGGGUGUGCUCCAUGGAGUGAAGGUCAUUCUCCAGAAUGAAGGUCCCCGUGGACUGUUUCGCGGAAUUGGCUCAGCAUACGUGUAUCAAGUUCUUCUCAAUGGCUGCCGUCUAGGCUUCUACGAGCCCAUCCGUACGGGGCUGACGACCGCCGUGUAUAACGACGCGCAAGUGCAAUCGCUCGGUAUCAACGUCUUCUCCGGCGCAACGUCCGGCAUUAUCGGAGCCGCUGCUGGCUCACCCUUCUUCCUCGUCAAGACCCGUCUCCAGUCCUUCUCCCCCUUUCUUCCUGUCGGCACACAACAUCAGUACCGGAAUUCGUUGGAUGGUCUGCGGAAGAUCUUUGCGUCCGAGGGAGUUGGUGGUCUAUACCGUGGGGUUGGUGCGGCCAUGGUGCGAACCGGUUUCGGUAGCUCUGUCCAGCUUCCCACGUACUUCUUUGCGAAAAGACGCUUGGUCAAGCACCUAGGGAUGGAAGACGGCCCUGCCCUUCACCUAGCUUCCAGUACAGCCUCCGGGUUCGUUGUCUGCUGCGUCAUGCAUCCUCCUGAUACGAUCAUGUCCCGUAUGUACAACCAGACCGGUAACCUUUACAAGGGCGUGUUUGAUUGCCUGGCGAAGACGGUCAGGACUGAAGGUUUCCUUGCAAUUUAUAAGGGAUACUUCGCCCAUCUGGCCCGUAUCCUACCUCAUACCAUCUUGACCCUCAGCUUGGCUGAACAAACCAACAAACUUAUGCGCAGGGCCGAGGACAGGUUCCUCUCAGACUCCCUGAAGGCUCGUCUCUAG